AAGCACUUCCCGCUGUAUCAGGGGCUGCCACCAGGGUGAGGCACUGUAGAUGUCUGACACAGGUAAGGGGAGAAGUUGGCCUCCUCGAUACAGUGCUACUUUCCGUUUGCUGACACGGUCCACUUGUUAGGCUGGGCUGGGCCUGACAGAAGGAGUUCUAUGCCCUCUCCCUCCAAGAGCCACAUUUGUACCCCAAGCCCCUCACCCAAGUGAGCAGACUGCCAUGGAGGGGCAGGCAGGUGCUCAGUGACCACCUGAUAACUGGUAAUAGCAAGAACAGGGUGUCCCUGAGAGACGGCCCCCCUUCUGCUGAGGAAGCAGCUUUUCUAGUCAAACAAUAGUGGCUGUUCCUGGCCUGAGACCAAGCUGGGCCAGACCAUAAGAGGGAACAGGGAGGGAGAAACAGAUGCUCGCUGGGAGCUUUCAGACACAGCCUGGGCCUAGACCAUGUCCUGGCACAGCUGGGGAUACCGAGGCUAGAAAAUGAAUGGUCACCAGAGGCUCUGGACAGCUCACUCACUCUCUGCCUCCUGCCUCUCACCCCUGUGGUUUCCCACUCUCCACACCUGCCAUGGUGAGAUGGACUCAGCUUUGGGAAGCACUCCCCCCUCCCCCCAGUUCUCCAGAGGACAAGCCAGGAUGUGGUGGCUGCACAGUGUUCCAUGAGAAUCAUCUGGAGUUAGAAAAGCCAGGAACAGGGCUGAGCCCAGCUUUCGUCUGCCUGUGCUACAGGGCCCAGAGCGUGAGGUCCUGCAUGGGCCUGCUAGGUCCUGAUCACACCUGAGGCCAACUUUAACCUACCUUGUUCAAAGCCUCCAAGCUGAGGCUUGAGUGCCUGGGCCAAAUAAGGGCCCCUUGGAGCAUGCUGUGUCCUGCCAUGGAACCAACCUGUGCUUGUUCAUUCCUGCUAAGCCUUGGGGUCUUCUUAAACCUUCAGAUGUUUGAUCAUACCUGGGGUGUCUGCCAGUGCUUGGGGCCUUCUUGGAUCUGAAGCAAAUCUAGAUGUGCUCAGACCAGUUGAGUUCAGCUAAUGGUGACAAGCUUUAAGGAGACUUCUACAAGGCUCAAGUCUCUGGCCUGAAUACCCAGGAAGCCUCAAAUGCAAGGGCCUGUCCUCUCAAUGUCUGAGCCCUGGGCGUUCCCAGCUCAGGUACUUCCAGGUUGUUUCCCUGGAAUAACCUCAAGCUUCCAAGCCCACAGUAUGUUCCUCAGAUUGGUGAUAGGGCUUUUUCUGUGCCUCCCCUUAGAGGGGUGCAUUCUACUCUGGAAGUCAGGUGAUUAAAAAACUGGGACAUGCAGGCCAGGUUUCAGCUGGUCAAAACGAUGGCAAGGUAGGGGAUGAAGUGUUAUCAAUACCAACCCAGGGCAGCCCUUGCUUAGUACUCUUUAGUCCCUAUCAGCCUGCUCAGCUCUGCAAUCCCUGCCUCCAGCAAUAAAAGGAAGGACAGCUGUACCGCUCGCGAGUCUCCGGCCUCCACGCUCCAGAGAUUUGUGGACAGCAUUCCGGCCCCAGCCGAACUCCGGCAAGUCUUGAAGCCCUCCUGAGUCUCAAGGGCCUCAAACCAUAAAGCCCACGUGCAGGCCCGGAGGAUAGACAGGACCCCGAGCUUCCGGCACGUUCCCAAACCCAACACCGGCAGGCGGCCAGCGGAAAGGGCGUAGCCGGGGCGUGGCCUGGACGCCACCGAGGGGUGCAAGUUCUUCAGCCUGACGGAGACCCCGGAAGAUUACACACUCAUGGUGGAUGAGGAGGGCUUUAAAGAGCUACCCCCCUCCGAGUUCCUGCAAGUUGCCGAGGCCGCGUGGCUGGUGAUGAACGUAUCAUCUCACAGUGGUGCGGUGAUGCAGGCUGCUGGAGUUACCAAGAUUGCCCGGUCUGUCAUUGCCCCACUGGCUGAGCACCACGUGUCUGUGUUGAUGCUGUCCACGUACCAGACAGACUUCAUCCUGGUACGGGAGCAGGACCUAUCUGUUGUGAUCCACACACUGGCCCAGGAGUUCCAGAUCUACCGUGAAGUAGGCGGGGAGCCUGUGCCUGUUGCCAAGGACGAUUCCAGCAACGGCUUUCCCCGAGCCCAGCACGGGCCCAGUCCCACGGUGCAUCCCAUUCAGAGCCCGCAGAACCGAUUUUGUGUCCUCACGCUGGACCCUGAGACAUUGCCAGCUAUUGCCACCACCCUCAUUGAUGUCCUCUUCUACUCACACAGUGUCCCCAAGGAGGCAGCCUCAGGUGGUCCGGAGUCAAGCUCCAUCCCAUUCUUCGCUUUCUCCCUCAUUGAGGGGUACAUCUCCAUUGUUAUGGACGCAGAGACCCAGAAAAAGUUCCCCAGUGACCUCUUGCUGACCAGUUCCUCUGGAGAGCUGUGGAGGAUGGUACGCAUCGGGGGACAGCCUCUGGGUUUCGAUGAGUGUGGGAUUGUGGCCCAGAUCGCCGGUCCCCUGGCGGCUGCUGACAUCUCUGCUUAUUAUAUCAGUACCUUCAACUUUGACCAUGCCCUGGUUCCUGAAGAUGAGAUCAGCAGUGUCAUUGAUGUACUCCAGCGAAGGCAAGAAGGCCUGACUUCCAAAGGUCCCUAGGGAACACCAGGCUCCCAGCAUUCCCUUACCACUGGGCUCUCAGAGACUUUUCUGAGCUCUUUCCCGAAGCUGCAGAAUGAGCCCCUGAUCCUGCCAAGGGACCUUGGUUCUGCUGUCUAUAUGUAAGGUGCACGGAGCUGGCACUUGUGGCCAUGUGUGCACCCCUAGGCACGGUGGGCAGGUGCUGGCUCCAGAUAUCUGCCCCCAGACGACACCUUGGUGCUUGGGGCUUGGACCCCGAACCCAUCACUUUCCACAUGACCUCAGUAUUUGCACAGUCCCUGCGUGAGGCUCGAGCCAUCCCCUGUCACCUGGCUGCGUCCUGCUGCCCUGGCCUGGGCUCUGGUCUCCAGCUUGGCUUGCCUUCCUGGCCAGGUGAGCUCCGACAGUGCCUUCCCUUCCCGGGCUCCCGAGGAGAGGGUUUUUACAUCUCACUUGUUUUUAUGACUGUUAAAAUAAAUAAAAGACUUGCUGAGCUGG